AUCAUCUCCAAUGAAAUGACACAAAAUCAAAAACAAAACAAACAAGAAACAUAAAAACACAACAAUGGCAGGAAUCAUAAACAAGAUUGGUGAUGCUCUUCAUAUAGGUGGAGACAAAAAAGAAGGAGAACAACAUAAAGGAGAGGGUCAUCAUGUGGAACAACACAAAGGAGAACAUGGACAUGGACAUGGACACGGUGCUGAGUACAAAGGAGAAGAACAUGCUUUUGGUCAUGGAGAGCACAAACCAGGUCAAUACCAAGGAGCAGAACACAAGGAAGGAAUUGUUGACAAGAUCAAGCACAAGAUCCAUGGUGAAGGUGAAGGAGGUGAGAAGAAAAAGAAGGAGAGGAAGAAACGUGAAGAUGGUCAUGAUAGCAGCAGCAGUGAUAGUGAUUAGAUCUUAAUUCACAUGCUUCCUCAUCUUGCCAGGUGUAUGGAACCAUAUGUGACCACUAUGUCCUAUGUUUUAAUUUCUUGUUAUAAUUUUAUCUAUGUAAGUGAGUGAGAUUGUAGUUGGUAAUUCGAGUUAUUGUAAAAAUAAUUUGCGGUUAGAUUGGUUUGUGAAACCCAUACUGCUUUGUUAAUGUUUGGUUGUAUAUUAUCUUCAAGAAAAUUAUAAGGAAUUCUAUUAUUAGUAA